GGCCCUGCGCAAGGUGACCCGGAAACGGUUGUGAGGCGCCACCAAGAGUGCCAGCUCCCUUUUCCGGUCGGCGUGGUUUGCGAGUGGAGCGUCCGUUGCGCCCGGGCCUUCACCAUGAGCGUCCCGGCCUUUAUCGACAUCAGUGAGGAAGAUCAGGCUGCUGAACUUCGAGCUUAUCUGAAAUCUAAAGGAGCUGAAAUUUCAGAAGAGAACUCAGAAGGUGGACUUCAUAUAGAUUUAGCUCAAAUUAUUGAAGCCUGUGAUGUAUGUCUGAAGGAAGAUGAUAAAGAUGUUGAAAGUGUGAUGAACAGCGUGGUAUCCCUCCUUUUGAUCCUGGAACCAGAGAAGCAAGAAGCUCUGAUUGAAAACCUUUGUGAAAAGCUGGUCAAAUUUCGGGAAGGUGAACGCCCAUCUCUGAGACUGCAGUUGCUAAGCAACCUUUUCCAUGGGAUGGAUAAGAAUACUCCUGUAAGAUAUACGGUAUAUUGCAGCCUCAUUAAAGUGGCAGCAUCUUGUGGGGCCAUCCAGUAUAUUCCAACUGAGCUGGAUCAAGUUAGAAAAUGGAUUUCUGACUGGAAUCUCAACACUGAAAAAAAGCAUACCCUUUUAAGGCUACUUUAUGAGGCACUUGUGGAUUGUAAGAAAAGGUAUUCAGAAUUAAUGAACCUGCUUUUGCCAAAACUUGAGAAGUUGCAACAAAAAUCUGUAAAGUCUAAAGGCUGGUCAAGUCCUUCACAGAAAGUUUGCCUACCCUUGUCUAGCCCUACACUCAACUUCGUUUCUGUGCCUGAAACACUUCUUCCGUGUAUUGUACGAGCUUUGAAAGAUCCAAAUGCAUUUCUUUUUGACCAUCUUCUUACUUUAAAACCAGUCAAGUUUUUGGAAGGCGAGCUUAUUCAUGAUCUUUUAACCAUUUUUGUGAAUGCUAAAUUGGCAUCAUAUGUCAAGUUUUAUCAGAAUAAUAAAGACUUCAUCGAUUCACUUGGACUAUUACAUGAACAGAAUAUGGCAAAAAUGAGAUUACUUACUUUUAUGGGAAUGGCUGUGGAAAAUAAAGAAAUUUCUUUUGAUACAAUGCAACAAGAACUUCAGAUUGGUGCUGAUGAUGUUGAAGCAUUUGUUAUUGAUGCAGUGAAAACAAAAAUGAUCUACUGCAAAAUUGAUCAGACCCAGAGAAAAGUGGUUGUCAGUCAUAGCACACAUCGGACAUUUGGAAAACAGCAAUGGCAACAACUAUAUGACACACUUAAUGCCUGGAAACAAAACUUGAACAAAGUGAAAAACAGCCUUUUGAGUCUUUCUGAUACCUGAAUUUUUAAGCUAAUAAAUUUUGUUCUUUUGGGGAAAAUAUCUAAAUCAUAGUAAAACAUUAUAAGCCAAAAGUUGA